AUGGGAGCCUGUCUGCUCGUGCUCUCCACACUUUUCGCCUCUUGCUGGAACGCCGCAGUUGUUACCAAUAAGCAGGUGAGCUUCGAAUUCCAUUAAUUUCACUGAUUCAUAGUGCUUCUAGGUCAUUGACAAAUCCGUCACUCAAUUCGAAACGACAUUGAAUGAUGCCGACUUCGAAAGCAACCUUCAUCAAAGAUACGACCUUCACACAUUAGGCAUCAAAGUGAAAGACGAUCCGACAAUCGGAAACUACAGCGAGGGAGAUAUCCUGUUGGAGAGUCCCAAGAAGUUUGUGGAGGAGAACAACAAGCUGGGCAGAAACGCCAUCAGACAGAUGUACAGGUGGGUACAGUAAUCCUUCCCCUUCUCAUGUGAUAGCUCAUCUUGCAGACGAUGGCCAAACGGAGAGAUUCCGUACACGCUCUCUUCGCAAUACGGCGCCUAUGCCAGAAGUGUGAUCGCCAACGCAAUGAACGAAUACCACCAGAAGACGUGCGUGAAGUUCGUCGCCAGAGACCCUGCCAAGCAUCACGAUUACCUCUGGAUUCAUCCAGAUGACGGAUGCUACAGUUUGGUUGGAAAGUAGGUACUGUAGAGGAAUGGGGUACGGUAGAUGACGUGGUUUCAGAACGGGAGGCAAGCAGCCAGUAUCGCUUGAUUCGGGAUGCAUUCAAGUCGGAACCAUUGUUCACGAGCUCAUGCACGCCGUCGGAUUCUUCCAUGAACAGAGCAGGUAGGCAGUUUUGACUUGAUUCUUUCAUGAAACCCUUUUAUGAUUCAGACAAGACCGUGACGAUUACAUCGAAGUCGUGUGGCAGAAUGUGAUGAACGGAGCGGACGAUCAGUUCGAGAAGUACAAUCUGAACGUGAUUUCCCAUCUGGACGAGCCUUACGACUUCGCCUCCAUCAUGCAUUACGGACCGUAUGCGUUCAGCGGAUCAGGAAAGAAAACACUGGUUCCUAAAAAGGUAAAAAAGAGCGCCGCAAAAAGAUGUACUAUAUCAAUCUUCCAGUCUGGCUCUGAGAGAAUGGGUCAACGUGUAAAGUUCUCGGACGUCGAUGUUCGCAAGAUCAACAAACUGUACAAUUGCGGAGUGAAUCCGGGCGGCUCCCCACAACCGACUUCCAACAAUAACAACAACAACAACAACCAAAUCAACAGCAAUUCGAUAGUCAAUCACCCUCAGGUUUGAGCACUCAUCACCUCCAACGCCGCCGUUUUCUUCCAUUUAACCCAUCUUUCCAUUCCUAAUGCUGGUAGAAAUGCAAAUGCAUUCACCUAGAAACGUGUGCCGUGUUAGUGUGCUGUGUCGCUUUAGUUCUGUAUGAUUACCACGUGUGCAGACACUCGCACCACGGAGGAGCCACUCUCCCCGCCAAAUUAAAACUUUUUGCAGUCACGGUACGCGGGAUUGCCUCUAUCUACUUCUAACCGAGUUACUAACAGCCGUCGGAUCAUUCGUAUUUUCGGUUGAUCACUCUCUUCUUUCUCUGCGUUCAUAUGUUUCUGUCAUCACGGGAUUCGAUCUCUCUCUCUCUCAACUCGCUUUUCGGUUUCGCCAUGUUUCUUUUUUGUUCUGUCCGUCCGUGUUUAAUAAAUUGUUUCUCAUUUUAUUUUGUGUUUCCUUUUUCUAGCCGAACCCCAAGCCUUUCAGACGGAACCGUGCGAAGAUCUGACGUGGCGCUGCCGCUUCUGGGCUCUGUUCUCGUAUUGUCAACGGCGCGAAGUUCGAGCUAUUGUCUGCAGGAAAUCUUGUUCUGCCUGUAAUCUAUAGUGGUUUUUCGCUAUUAAAGCAUUGAUUUAGUGGUUUAUUUUGAAAAUUGUAUCUCUCUCUCUCUCUUUAUUCUCUCAAUCUCUGAUAAGUUUUUUCUUUACGUUUCGCAUUUAAUAAUUGAAGAUAGAUUUGUUGUUCCCUUUCUGGCAAUCGCGUUCUAUCGUGAAUUCAUUGUUAAAGUUGAAAUGCUCACGGUCGCGGCCGGGUUUUCACGUGGCAUUGCGGUAGAGACGAAAAUGUUGCCAACGUCAUCCGAUUAUUAUGUUCUUCGCUCACUCUUCUGAACUUUGUUGUCAUUUAUCGACCGAUAAACAAGGCGAUCUCUGUUUCUUUGGAGUGUCGUUAUCAAGCGGUUUUAUAUAGAAAAUGAUUCAGAAGACGACAGACACCUCGGAAUCUGAUAAAAAUGAGUGCUAACCGAGUGGCUGCCAAUUUGACCAUGCUUUUCACAAAUCUCCCUCUUCUCCAGAGGUAAGCGCUUCUUUCCUUCAACUUUCGCAUUCCCCCUCACAGGUACGCAGCGGCGGCGGCGGCCGGAUUCAAGCUCGUGGAAGUGACUAUUCCGUACUCGGAGCCGGCGAGUAAACUGCGAGAAGCAGCCGAUGAGCACAGUCUGAAGCACACGCUGAUCAACGCACCACCCGGGAAUUGGGAGCAAGGAUUCCGAGGACUCGCUUCGCUGAAGUCACGCGUGAACGAGUUCAGAAACGGUGUGGAGACGGCGAUUGAGUACGCGAAACAGCUUGACUGCAAGAGGUUAUCUUGAAACAUGUGUUUUUUGUAAUAAAAAGAGCGUUUCAGAGUUCAUGUGAUGGCUGGAAUCCCGGAGACCGAAGAAGACGUGGCGCACGCAGCCCAUACCUAUGCGGAAAAUGUUCUAUUCGCAGCGGAACAACUGAAGAGACACGGCCUGCUUUGUCUGAUUGAGCCGAUUAACAAGUACACCAUUCCUGGCUAUCAUCUGAAUAAUUACGAGCAGGCGUUGGAGAUAAUCAGUCAGGACACUUCCGAGAACCUCAAGAUUCAAUACGACACUUUCCAUGCUCAACAAAUCAACGGACAAAUCGGAGCGACGAUGAGACGACUCAAGAAACAUAUUGGUAAUUUGGUUUACUGACGCACUCCCAAAGUCUUUUUUUUCCAGGAUACAUCCAAGUAGCUCAAGUUCCACGUCGAGGUGCGUGUGAUACACGCGGAGAGAUCAACUACGGCUUCAUCUUCGAAGAAAUGCGUUCCAUCAAUCCCGAAUGGAUCGUCGGCGCGGAGUAUUUGGAUGCGGAGGGAGCGAAGGAAUCAUUCGGAUGGGUGCAUGAAAUGAAUCUCAGCUUCUGA